CAGAACACGUGGCAAUGGUAGACGCGAGCCUAACUGUCCACAAAUUUCGGAUUCCUUUCCCUUUGAAGAAAAAACGAAGAAAACAAAAAGAUUCAGAGCUUCUUUCACUUUCUUCCCCAGAAGCAUGCAGAAUCCCCAAAUUUCAACCUAAAUCCAAACCCUAAUUUAUUACUUCGAUAAUUCCGGUGGGAAAAGAUGAGCAAUUUGAGGACCGUCUGUAGACCCCAUACUGUAUUCUCUUCGUUCCUGUGUUUCGGCGGGAAUCCAGCUCGAUCAAGAAUUAGGGUUUCGUUUCAGAACUCCGAUCGCUGGCGUCGAUCGUCGUCGCCGUUAACUUCCUCUACAUGGUUCGGUUCUUCUAGAGGCUUGAAGAAGACUGACCUGUGGUUCCGCGUCAAUCAGAGGAGAACCGUUGCCAACGCAGCGAAUUGGAAGGACUCAAAGUCUCCUUACGAAACUCUUGAGUUAAAAGGGGAUGCUGAUGAAGAGCAGAUAAAGACAGCGUAUAGGCGCUUGGCCAAAUUCUAUCAUCCUGAUGUCUAUGAUGGUAGAGGGACUCUCGAAGAAGGUGAAACUGCUGAAGCUAGAUUCAUUAAAAUUCAAGCUGCUUAUGAAUUGCUCAUAGAUGUGGAAAAACGUAAGCAGUAUGAUAUGGAUAACCGAGUCAAUCCUAUGAAGGCAUCUAAAGCAUGGGCAGAGUGGGUUAUGAAAAAGCGAAAAGCUUGGGAUCAACGGGGUGAGAUGGUUGUUGAUGCUUGGGCCGAACAGCGGCAGUUGGAAAGGGUUCUCCGUGCUCGCCGUCUUUCUCGUACUAAGAAUGACCCUGAAGAAGAAAGAAAAAUCUUGGCAAAAGAAAAGAAGGCAUCAGUAGAGUUUUUUAAUACCACAAUGAGGCGCCAUAUACUCGUGUUAAAGAAAAGGGAUUUGAUGAGAAAGAAAGCGGAGGAGGAGAACAAAAUUGAUGUCAGUCGGCUUUUAGAGGCGGAGGGGCUUGAACUUGACACAGAAGACGACGAUGAUAAACCAAUGUAGAAAGUAGUGUUCAUACUGGCUCCCUUAGACACCAUAUACCUGAUAUGAAAAUUUCCAUCAAAGAGAAAAACUGUAUAUAGAAUUAUAUACAUAGAUUAGAGAGGAAUGAGAAAUUGCUAUUAGUUACUGAAGGCGUUUUUCUGUGUCACUCCAGUGUGCCACCAGUAAGUAAUUGUUCACCAAAGUUGGGCUGAGGAAGUCUGAGGAGGAAAAUUUCUUGAAGCACAAAAAACUUAAAUCUAAUAAGCAUGUUCGAACAAA